AAAAAUUGUACCUUAAGAUCGGCCGCUAUUUCAAAAGGGUAUAUUUGUUUGUUCGUAUGUAUGGUUACUAAAGCCAUACAUUUAGAGGCUGUAUCUGACAUGACCACAAACUCAUUUUUAGCCGGAUUUCGGCGUUUUAUAUCUCGCAGAGGUGGAUGCACAGAUAUUUAUUCCGACUGUGGAACAAAUUUCGUCGGUGCUUCCAAAGAACUUCAAGUUCUUUUGCAUAGGAAUAAAAAAUCUUUACCUGACGAUUUGGUAAAUUCAUUAACAUCUAUUGGUACUGAAUGGCAUUUUAUUCCUCCUGGUUCCCCAAACUUUGGCGGCCUGUGGGAGGCAGGAGUGAAGUCGGUCAAAUAUCAUUUAAAAAGAAUAAUGCAUGAGAGAGUUUUAAGUUUUGAAGAAUUGGCAACUUUACUCUGUCAAAUAGAAAGUGUAUUAAAUUCUAGACCACUUUGCCCUUUGUCUUCAGACCCGUCUGACUUAGAUGCGUUAACACCAGCUCAUUUCAUAAUAGGCGAGCCAACGACAUGUAUUCAAGAGGAAAAUUUACUAGAUAUUAACAUUAACCGUUUAAAUCGAUGGAAAUCUAUAGAAAAACUUAAGCAACAUUUUUGGAGGAGAUGGUACUUGGAAUAUUUAAAUCGUUUGCAAGCUCGACCAAAAUGGCUUACACCGAAACCUGAUGCUAAAGUUGGAGACUUAGUUUUGAUUGCUGAUGACAGAUGUGGACCAGCUCAAUGGAUAUUAGAUUCCACCGAAGAAAUUUCUACACUGAAGUACAAAACUACACCCUCGGAUAGAAGGAUGGAGCCUAGCUCAAACGCUGUGAGUCGGAGCAUAGCGCAGUCUACUGACUAAAUCAAAACACUCCCAACGAUAGGCCAUCCUUCUCCUUCCUAGGGGGGAGUAUGUUGCAGAAAACUAAAUUUUUCUUCAACCAUUUGCUUUUCCUAUU